AAAAUAAUUUAUAUUUUUCUUUUCAUUUGGUUUCACGUAGCUAUUGUUGUUUAGCAGAUGCACAACAUGCAACCAAUCCCAUACACAGCAGGUAGUAACCAAAACAAAGCUCUCAAAACACUCCAAAGAAACUUUUAGCUAGUCCAAUCCUUAAUUAGUACUUUUAUAUUAUUGUUGCAGGCAAUUGCUGCUCAUAAACAACAUAUUAAGCCUUGCAAUAAGUCAGUAAUGUGAAAAACAAGUUUCCCUCUUUUUUCUGUGCUGGGACUAUACAGUUGUCUAUUGGGCAGGCAAUGGGAAGCUGUGCUUUUAUUUGGUGGUCUCAGAUUUUACAAUGGGGGACGCUAGCUGACUUCAAAAUGUAUAUAUGUGUCGGAUAGCAGAAGCUCUGUAGCUAUAAAAGGAUGAAUACAUGAUCUGAUAGUGAUAACCCAAUUGAUCAAAAUCCUCACUUGGGUUCUCUUGGAUUGGACAAUGGAGCACAGCUGACCUGUACCCACUUUCUAGCAAUGAGUUCUUAGGGCAAACAAUACUGGUUAUCUGUUUGGGCCAUGUAAUACUGCUCAUUGAUACCCACUUUUUAGUACAAGUUUUUGGUUUGAGCAUAUCAGGGUGAAGUCCUCUGUCUGGACUGCUAUUGUUAUGGACAGGGUUUGCAGUUGCAGAAGAAGAAUAUUGCACUAGUCUGAAGCGCUGCAGAGCACCAGUAAUCAGAUACUCAUUCAUGAGUUUUGGGCUUUUUGCAGAAAAUGUAUCAGGUAAGCAAUUCAAGCAUUUCUUCCCAUGAGAAGCCCCAAUCUUUUGAGGACUCACAGGGAGGAUCUCUCGAAGGAACAAGUCUUCCUGUAGAUGCUUGCCUGGUUUUAACGACAGAUCCCAAGCCACGUCUCCGGUGGACUGCAGAGCUUCACGAGCGUUUUGUUGAUGCAGUUACUCAAUUGGGCGGUCCUGACAAAGCUACACCAAAGACUAUCAUGAGAGCCAUGGGUGUGAAAGGUCUCACUCUUUACCACCUGAAAAGUCAUCUUCAGAAAUACAGGCUUGGAAAGCAGUCAUUUAAAGAGCUAAAUGAUCCAUUGAACAAGGAUGCUUCCUGCCUUAGCGAGGGGCCAGGAGCAAGUACAUGUUCCUCUUCAAAAAUAAUGAACCAAGAUAUGAACGAGAGCUUCCAAAUAACUGAGGCACUACGAAUACAGAUGGAAGUGCAGAGGAGAUUGCAUGAACAAUUAGAGGUUCAGAGACAUCUGCAACUCCGAAUAGAAGCUCAAGGAAAGUACUUGCAAUCCAUAUUGGAAAAAGCAUGCCAAGCCCUUGCUGAUCAAACCAUAGCCUCUGCAGGCUUAGAGGCUGCACGGCAACAACUCUCUGAACUCGCAACAAAGGUCUCAAAUGGAUGCUUGAGCUCCCCAUGUGAAGCUUUGAAUUUACCCUCACUACCAGAAAUACAUGCAAUUCAUGUUGAUGAAAAUGCUUUCCACCAGCAAACACAGUUAACAGACUGCUCUGUAGAUAGUUGUUUAACAUCAAAUGAGAGUUCUGGGAAGAUUUCACAGGAGAGCUUUCAAGCUAUGAGGAAGAAGAGAUCAAGACCCCUCUAUUGUGAUAAUGACUUAUUUGUCUGGGACAAUGAUGUCCCAGAUGAUAUGAGGUUGCGGGAACUCAGUUCUGCUUGCUUAGCACAGGUGGGAAACCUGAAGGAAGAAGUAUCUGUUUCUCCUGUUGAGAGCAACUCUGAAAGGAUGUCAGUCAAGGAUGAAUUUGAGGCCAGGAUGGCUCAAACAAAUGAAUCUAUUAGUAACCCAGCAGAAAGAGAGCUAAAAAAUUCACCCAGGCUUGAAAGGCCUGCUGCUAGAAGAGCCACAAAUCUUGCUGAUAGAAUGUCCCCACAUGUGAAUGGCGGUACCUUUUUAUUUUAAGAAACUGAAUCAUUUAAGAUGUAAGCUAUAAACAUAUCAUGAUUGCGGAUGCUUUCUGGAUAUAAGCAACUUUUUUGAAUGUUUCAUGACAUUUUACCCCCAAGUGUGAAAUACUCUCUUGAAACAUGAAACUUUAUGUGAACAUUGUAGGGUGAUUUAGGAAAUCAAUACCUGUGUGAAGCUGACAAUGAUUGGCAAAACAUAGUGUUUAAAAGUUAGUGUACUUUGAUUUUGAUCAUAAUCUUACAUUUUAUUCGUGUCUC